AUGGAGUUCUCAUCUGCAGCUGAUACGAUAACUCCGGGACAACCUAUCAGAGAUGGUGAGACAUUAAUUUCCUCAUCCCAGAGAUUUGAGCUAGGCUUCUUCUCACCAGGAAACUCAAACAACAGGUACCUGGGAAUCUGGUACUACACGAUUAGUCCUAAGGCCGUUGUAUGGGUUGCCAACAGAAACAUCCCAAUAGCUGAUAAGUCCGGAGUUCUAACUGUGUUAAAUGGAAACCUUGUAAUUCUCAACCAAGAUAAGAGAAUUAUCUGGUCUUCAAAUUCUUCAAGAUUGCCAGAAAAUCCAGUGGCAAAACUCCUAGAUUCUGGGAACUUUAUUCUUAGGGAAGAUAUUGACACUUUUGAAAAUUAUAUGUGGCAGAGCUUUGAUUACCCAUCGGACACAUUGUUAACGGGCAUGAAGUUGGGAUGGAACUUGAAAACUGACUUUCAGAGAACUAUGACAGCAUGGAGAAGUGCCAGUGAUCCAGCCCCUGGAAACUUUACUCUAAGACUUGAGAAAAAUGAUGGACCUGAGUUAGUCAUUAGCACGCCAUCAAAAAAAGUAGCCCGCAGCGGACCAUGGAAUGGUUUCCAGUUUAAUGGUAUUCCCAUGAUGCACAACUUGAUCUUCAAACCAGAUUUGGUGCAUAACGAAGAUGAGUCAUACUACAUGUAUGAUGUUUUCAGUGACACGGUUGUGACACGAUUAAUAUUGGAUCCAUCUGGCUCAAUUCAGCGUUUGAUAGGGACGAGGGGAACGGAGAAUGGAAUCGUUUGUACUCUGGGAUAUGACAUAUGUGACCAUUAUGCAGAGUGUGGUGCUAAUGGUAACUGCAGAAUCGGCAAGACAGGAAUGUCAGGCAGAGUGCUUGAAGAAUUGUGCAUGCAGCGCUUUCUCGAAUCUGGAUACAGGGGAAAGGGUAGUGGCUGUUUGAUGUGGUUUGGAGACCUCACUGAUAUGAAAGAAUGCUCAGAAGGAUUCACUGGGGACAGGAUAUUUUUAUACGAGUUCCAGCUUCAGAACUAG